AUGUUAAAACUCUAUCCUCUAAUUUUUUUAUGUAUUUUUUUUAAAUAUCCUAUAUCAAUUUUAAUAGAAAAUAUUUUGGAGAAUAAUGAAAAACUAAUAGAAUUAGAUGCGCAUAACCACAAACAGUAUAAUCGUGUAUUAAUAGAAGAUAAUAAUGAGGUGUUUAAUAUAGAACACCUUAAAAAAUUGCUACAUUUUCAAUCUAAAUUAGAUAAACAAAUAAGGAAACAACAAAAUGAAGAAGAAAAUUCAGCAAAUUUAGAUAAAUCAGAAAAUAAUCUUAAGUUUUUUGGUAAUGGAGAAAAUGUCGCAGCUAAUAAUGAAACCACUAAAAUAUUCUUUAAUGAUAUUACAAAAAAUGAUGAUGGAAAAGUAAGUGCUAAUAAUCAAUUAGAUAACCAUAAUGAUGAUCAAAUUUCCAAAAUAAAUGAUGAAAAAUUGACAGAAACAAAUCAGAAUAUUUCAGGAGAUGAAAAAGAAGAUAAAUCGCAAUCCGAUCAAUCAUUGAGUAAUAAAAAAUCAGAUAAGAUAAUAACUCCCCACGAUUUUUCGAAUAAUUCAUCAAAUUCAGAAAAUAAUAGACACAAAAAUAAUUCAAACGAGAAUUAUCCAUUAACGGAAAAUAAUAAUAAAGCAAAUAAUAACGAGAUAUAUAAAAAAUUUGAACUGCUAAAAAAUCAUUUUCAGUCUAAUGAUAAUAAGACAAUAGCCCCAAAAAAUGAGGAAGAAGAUAAAAAUAUGAUUAAUGACUCAAUGGAUAAUAUCAAUUAUAGUUUAAGAAAAAGUGAUAUAAAAGAAUUAAUUGGUAUUAAUGAUAUAGUAAAAUAUAUAAAAAAUUUAUUGGGUAUAAAGUCUAAUAUACAUGAAAAAUUUGAACAUGAGAAUUUAAUAAUAAGGGAUUGUAAUUACGACUCAUUUGGCCCAGAAUUUUGUAGUGCUAAUGAAGAAGCAAAGCAAAAAUUAUGGAAAUAUGAAAAUAAAAAAAGUUUUGCAUUUUUAUUUAUCAUAUUAUUCACUUUAUUUUUUGGACUAUUAAUACAAAAUGUUGUUUAUUAUAUUGAAAAAAAAGUAAGAAAUUCAAAAGAUAAAUUUAGAAAAGAUUUAUUAAAUACAGCAUUUAGGCAAAUUUCUUUAAUUACAAUUAUUAAUUUAACUAUAUGGGGAAUAUUGCAAUCAAAAGCUGCUGAAGCAUUGGAUGACAUUAUUUUUAAUGAUAUAUUGCCUAAACAAAGAAAUGUUGAUGAAGUUCUUCAUAAUGUGGAGCCCCUUUUAGAGAUAAUAUUUGAAAAGAUACUUUUUAUUUCCAUGAAUUUCUUAAUAUGUUAUUCGUUAUUUAUACUAAAUGUCCAUUUCGUAACAAGAAGCAUAUUAAAAUGGUUUUCUGAGGCUGAUAAUUGUGACAUUAAAAACAUAAUAAAAGACAUGAAAGACAGCAGAAAAGGAUGUUUCAAAAAUAUUUUUUCUUUUAUUAAAUAUACCAGAAAUUCUAAAUAUUUAGCCCACAGAUAUGAUUUUUCUGAAAAUGUAGAUGCCAUAAGUAUUCCUGGCUUAGAUCCAAAUGGAUAUUACUAUUAUGAAUACAUGCGUGCUUGCUUGUUAAAAUAUAAUGUCAAAUUAAUAAAAAUUCCAAACGCGGUUAUAUUAUUUUUAGUGUUUGCAUGUAUUUCUUUGAGGCCAUUUUUUAGCAUUCGUUUGAAGGAGGAAGUCAUUUUCUUAAAUUUAUUGUCCCUAUUUUGUAUUUUGGGAUUCGUUUUAUUAUUUAUUUACCUAUACAAAAUAGACAGAAAGUUGCUACCAGGAAACAUAUCAAAAUACUUACUAAAUAAAUAUCAUAUUGAUAUUAGUGACCAAAACACAAAGGAAAUUAUUCCUUACUAUAAAUUAUUAAAACAACAGUCAUUGCAUCCUUCGUCAAUUAAUUAUUUUAUUUACAAAACAACAUUUCCCAACAAACAUGAGCAACUGUUUUUUUUUUGGGGUAAUGGCCCUUCUAUAAUUAAUUUCAUUUUUCAAGCACUAUGCUUUUGUUUUUUGGUAAUAUUAUCAUGCUGGAUAUUUUUAUUAAGAGUAGAUAAUAUAACAUGUAAAACUGGUUACCUAAUUGACACUAAGUUGCUGGAAAGGGUUUGGGAAUUUGAAAGAUCAGAUAAUAUAAAAAGAAUAUCCGAAUUGAUUGAUGCUAUCAAAAUAAAGUCCACCUUACACGCCGUGAAAGAAGGAGGUGAUUUGUUUUGGAGGCAAUUGCUAAUAAAAUCGAGCACAGUGCCAUCAAAUAUACAAGAAAAAAUGUUUAGUAUAUGGGUGGGAUUAGAUGAAGAAAAUAGAGGCGUUAUAAAUUCUGAUAAAAUUUUGAAAUUUUUAAAAUCACAAGGAAUUAACUUAACCUCAGAAAAUGAUAUUAAGGAAUUUUUGGAAGUCUUUGAUAGAAAUAAUAAAAAUGGAUUAAAUCAAGAGGAAUUUUUUGUUCUCAUAAUCAUAGUCAAGCAAAUCUUAGUUGAACUUUUGGACAUUAACGCUGUUCAAUCAUUAUUCGAAGAGGUGUACGGAAUUCCUUGGAAUUCUUUGUCAUCAAUUGACGUUAAUAGUUUAAAAAGAAUAUUAUCAGAGCUAAAUUUACAUUGGCCACAUGGGAAAAUAAAAAACUUAAUAGAUUUUGUGUGUGAAAGUAAAAAGAAAACAUAUGUCAGUGCUGAAUAUUUUAUUAAGCAGUUAAUAAAUAUCGAAGAAGUCACAUUGCAGCCCUUUCACAACAUGUCAGAUACAAAAUAA